UUUGCGCCACUGGGUAACUUUACAAGACCCAUUCUGCAUUGAGCUAACAACAAGUCAACAACACGUUUGCGCUUGUCACAGAAUCAAUUUAUAAGACCCAUUCAGUCGUGUCGAGACGAGAGGAUCUAUUCCCCUCAAGCGAGUUCAGCGUCGAUGGCGAACAAGGGGGCGCGUCGCGGCCGCCGCCGGCGCAGCAACGGCAAGCCCAAGAGAGCGCCGAGGCGCGAGCCGAUCCCGCCAGGGCCAACGGGCGUGCACCACAUCCCCGACCACCUCCUCGAGCUCGUCCUCCUGCGCGUAGGCUCCUCCCUCGCCCUCCUCCGCGCCGCCUUCACCUGCAAGCGCUGGCGCCGCAUCGUCGCGGCCGCCGCCUUCCUCGCCCGGUUCCGCUCCCUCCACGCGGCCCACGUGCCAGGCCACCACCACGUCGUCGACCCCAGCUUCAAGGAGCCGCCGCCCGACGGGAACAGCAACCAUGUCUACGUGCCGGACCCCUCGACGGCCGAUGCCAUCGACAGACGCCGCCUCGCCCUCGAUUUCCUCCCGGAGGGCGACCGCUCGUUGCCUUGGGAGCUCGGGGACAGCCGCGGGAGCCUCCUGCUGCUCUACCGGAGGAAUAUCGUCUGGCACAGGAUAACCUACAGAACGUGGUACUCGGAGCUCCACUUCUCCGACAUGGUCGUCUGCGACCCGCUCACGCGGACGUACCAGACGAUCCUCUGCUCGGACGAGGCUGGCUCCCGCCUGUUCCUCGGCGUGUUCCUGCUCGACGGCGUCGCCGUGGACGAGUCUGGUGGCGGCUUCAUCACCAUGUCGAACUUUCGGGUGCUCGCCGUGGGCUACGAAAGCCAUGAUUUCGAGGAUGGCCGCGGCACACCCCGUGCCUCCGUGUUCUCCUCCGGCAGUGAAGGCGGCUGGCAGAUCGCGGCCGAGAACGACGUGUCCAUUCCAGAGUAUGCCUUAAUCAGUUUCAUAGGGCGCGCGCGUUCUUCACUCUACUGGAGGAUGGAGCGUGAGAGCGUCGUGCUGGCCCUCGACGAGACCACCCUCGAGUUCUCGCUCGUCGAGUUCCCGUGUACGGUCAUGGGCAUGCCGGAGGAAUCUUCAGCCUUCCGUGUCAUUGGCGGCCACGAUGGCGCGCUGCGCGUUGUCCGCGUGAUGGUCAACAAUGACCUCACGGUCUUCGUGCAGCUCCAGGGCAGCGGCGAGUGGGUGGCCGAGAAGGUCGUAAGCCUGCCGGAGGCGACCUGCGGGCAGCCGGGGCGCGAGGAGACGUACUUCCAGCGACCUGGCAAGAUCGUAUCCGCGAGUACGAGGUACAUCCUCGUGACACCACAGGAGGAGACAUGGAUUGUCUCUGUCGAUCUCGAGACGCUGGAGGUGGAGCGGGCGCAUGAGAGGAACAGGUACGCCGGUGCGGCGUACCCGUUCGAGCUGCCAUGGCCACCGGCCUUGCAGGCCUGCCGUGCGGCCGAUCGCCGGCGCAGCAGGAGGAUAUAUGUGCCGCCGACGUUCGCCUACGAAUUAGUUAACUGUAUUUGUAACGCACCAACGUGCUCGGGCACGUCAUAGCGCGCCAUGCCGCUGUUUGUUCGUCGCA